ACGUAGUGAUUGGCCCAGUGUCUUUCUUCAGCACUGACUCGACGCCUCUCUCUCUCUCCCUCUGUGAUCAGUGGGUGAGAGGGGGGAGACGAGCAGCACACAGCUGAGAAACCCGGCGUGAGCCUCCGUCAUCAUCCAGUUGGCUCUUGCUCUCAUCACACCAGCGGUUCUGGAUCGCCUCUCUUUAACCGCGGUCCUGGAGCGGAGACGCGUCUGAGUCUGCAGCAACACAAACUGCUUCUUUGCAGCCUUUAUAUCUGAAUGACGGGCGGAAGGUUUGACUUCGACGAUGGUGGCACUUACUGCGGGGGGUGGGAGGAUGGAAAAGCCCACGGACACGGCAUCUGCACCGGACCUAAGGGCCAGGGCGAGUACGCCGGCUCCUGGUCGCACGGCUUUGAGAUAGUAGGGGUGUACACCUGGCCCAGUGGCAACACCUACAAAGGCUACUGGUCACAGGGGAAGCGGCAUGGGCUCGGCGUGGAGAAUAAAGGGAAAUGGAUGUACCGUGGAGAGUGGAGUCACGGCUUUAAAGGUCGCUACGGCGUCAGGCAGAGUCACAACACACCUGCGAGAUAUGACGGCACCUGGAGCAACGGGCUCCAGGAUGGAUAUGGGAUCGAAACAUACGGCGAUGGAGGUACCUAUCAAGGCCAAUGGAUGGGCGGGAUGCGACAUGGCUACGGUGUGCGUCAGAGUGUUCCCUACGGCAUGGCCACUGUUAUCCGGUCUCCACUUCGAACAUCAAUGGCUUCUCUACGCUCCGAGCAGAGUAACGGCGCGGUUCUCCAGGAACUCUCCUCCACGGCUGACACACCAACGGGCAGCCGCGGUGGUUUCGUCCUUAAUUUCCACUCUGACAGUGAGGUGGUCACUGGUAAGAAGAAAGGCCUCUUCCGCCGAGGCUCUCUCUUCGGGAGUCUCAGGCAGUUGCGCAAGUCUGACUCUCGGACCUCAAUCUCCAGCAAGCGCAGCUCUGCCAGAAGCGAUGCCACCAUGAGCCGUAUCAGCUCCAGCGACGCCAACUCUUCCAUAUCCAUCGGUGACGGCGAGCUGCCAGAUGAGGACCUACCUCUUGAGGACCAUGUGGAUGCCACCACCACCGAGACCUACAUGGGCGAAUGGAAGAAUGACAAACGCAAUGGAUUUGGUGUUUCAGAGAGAUCCAAUGGGAUGAAGUAUGAAGGAGAAUGGCUUAACAACAAGCGCCACGGUUAUGGGUGCACGGUUUUUCCCGAUGCCACCAAAGAAGAAGGAAAGUACAAAAAUAACGUGCUGGUGCGUGGAAUAAGGAAGCAGUUGAUUCCUCUUAAGAACCCCAAAACCAAAGAGAAAAUGGAUCGAGCUGUGGAGGGGGCACAGAGGGCUGCAGCAAUCGCCAGGAGUAAAGUGGAAAUAGCAGCUUCCAGAACAGCCCAUGCCAGGACAAAAAGUGAAGCUGCAGAGCAGGCAGCUAUCUCAGCUGUGCACGACUCUGAAAUUGCCAGGGCAGUUGCCAGGGAACUCUCCCCCAACUUCUACCAACCAGGACCUGACUACAUUAAACAACAGUCAAAGGAGCCUGUGGAGAUCAAGGAAGUCCCUGUUGAGAAGAAGGACAGCUCCCCAAGAGAUUCUCCUCACUUUUACCGCAAAGGUACAACUCCUCCCCACUCGCCUGGGACCGGUCAUGGGGUCACACCUCCUCCCUCACCCCAGUCUAGCAAAAAGAAAGGUCAGCUUGCCAACAGUACAAGUCGCAAAACCAGCAAAGAGGAGAAACCUUACCGCAAGAUAAGUAAAGAGGAGAAAUCGAGUCAGAAGACAGGCAAAGAUGAGCGGUCUAGCAGAAAAGUGAGCAAAGAGGAGAGGCUGUCCAUCACAGAAGGCCCCAAGAGUGUUCCCGAAGCGCCACCUAAACCUGCCAAGGGCCAGCAAUCAUCUGCUGCUCCUCCAAAGCCUCCAUUGAUACCAGUCAAUGGUGAGCUCCACUCAGAGUACCACAGCUACUAUGUCAAGACACCUGCAAAGUUGCCUCCACCUCCAGACCCUGAGGAAGAUCCAGAGGAAGAACCUAGUGCCCAGGCCUUGGCACGAAUGCCCCCACAACCCCCUAGGUCAUUUAGCACCCCCACUCCAAAGCCACCAUCUAUAAGGGAAAGCAAGAGCGAGCCCAAACUCAGGAAACAGGAUUCCCUAAAGCCAAAGAGCCUUGCAGACACAAAGAAAGCCAGUAUGGAGCUAGCAGAAAAUGGAGAGGAACGGGGUCCUAAUUCGAUCCUUGUUGCUAUGGUAAUGCUGUUGAAUAUUGGUCUUGCCAUUAUAUUUGUCCAUUUUCUGACAUGAUGACAUUGUUUCUCUGAGCCAGGCAAACCCGAAAUUAUCUUUUAUGUUGCAGUAAAGCCAUGGCAACAGGCACAGUUGCAUCACCGGCCUUGGAAAAUGAAAAUGGCGCCAGUGAAACACGGGGGUGGCCGUAGGUGUUUGGGAAUCAGCGAGGCACCGAAGAGAAUCAGGAGGAAGGCAUCACCAACCUGUCAUGGGCCUGCUUUAGGGCCAGUCCGCGUGAAUUAGCACUCUUUUGGCUUCUCUUAACAGAGAGGUGAAACGUUGUGUCAAGUAAGAUUAAAGAAAAUAAAAAUAAAAGUUUUAAAAAAUGCAACCAAACAUACACGGUGUGAAAAAAGAAGUAAUUGAAACCCACUCGUGUGCUGAUCCAAGCGCUGGUCUCUGGAGCCCACUGUCUUGGCAGAGACAGCAGCAGGCUGACGGACUUUGCUGCAGGAGAAGAGUGUGGAGAUGCACUUUUAGAUGACGGGAGCAAACAGCUGCCUUCCUAUUUUGCCAUCUGACGUUUUGAUGGGGAGAUGUGAGCCUGGCGACCUCGGAGGCAAUGAGGACAUUCGCAGCGGGAACGUGCUCUGGUGUUUGGAGCAUUUUCGGGGCUUCACACCACUCUUGCGAUGAGAAACUGGGCACGGCCGUUGCCGGCAGUCAGUGCUAGCACGGUCACUAGCCAGUCUUACUCGGUUAACCCAGCUAUUAACCGCAGCUUACCCCAGCUCCGCCCAUUGUUACACAAGGUACACUGCUUUGAAAGCACUCCCCGUGCAUGGUACACUUUUGACCUUUGCUUUUAUUUUCUGUUCUACUGUAGCUUCCUGUUCACUGCCGUUCCCUGAAUGUCGGUUUCCUGCAGUCGCACGCUUGUAGUGAAGAAGAAAAAAAAAAAUCUCAUCUUGGUAUGAGACAAGGAAAUUAUUUUUUCCUUUUUUUUUUCAAAUUUUUCUCAUUUCUAACAACAGUUGUAAUGUGACACCACUCAUAUGUGUUCCUGUAUGUGCAAUAUGUUUUAUUUUUCACAGAAAAAGCUAUUCUAUUUUUGUCAAAAUGAGGUUGUAAUUUUAUACAGUGACAAAUCCUGUGUUCCACUUUAUUUAGUCAAACUCUCACAAUUUGAAUAUGCCUGAUUGAGCGAAGGUUUUUAACCAGCUGGCAUCGUGUUUGGAGAGAAGGUUCAGAUUGAAGUAGAAAAUGUCUUAUAGUUAUUUAUUUGAUCGGAAAUAUAAUUAUGUCACGCUAAGACCAUUGUCUUGUUUGAAUUCCUUCAUUUUGUUGUUUUGCUCUAUUGUUUUAAUACACUUUUAAGAUGCUAAGAUUCAUUUCACGCAACGCAUUUGUUUCUGUGGGUCGGGCAGUGCUCACAGUUUGUGCUCGUGAGACUGAAUGAUGACAGUUUUUGUAGAUGGUUGAAGUUGACUUCAUGCAGGUCGAGGCCACGGGAGAUGGAGCCAGGAGAAGGAACGAUGCCUUUUUUAGAAAAAAAAAGUCUUUAACAGUAGUACUGUUUACCUCAGAAAAAGAUGAGGAAAUGAGGGAGGGGAAAGGGAUGCCGUCCUUGUCUUAACUUUGUCGUGCAGGGGGACACCGACUGUUGUCAUCACCGCCGUCAUGCUUUAAACUUGCUUCACUGUAGAUGUUUGCAGUCCUUGUUGCAGGUAUGGCAUGAAUUUCUUUGAUUUAAAACGUGGUUAUGUAUAUGGUUGGCCUCUUCUGUCCUUACUGCAGAUAUUUAUUAUUUAUUCUUCUUGAAGAAAAUUUGUUUUUGAAUACUAAUCGUCACGUGGAAGGGCUUUAAUAUGGCUACAAUUUUUUUUUUUUUUUUUGUUAGAGUGUUUUCACAAAGUUUUUUGUUACAGAGUAGCACAUUUGAGAAUUGCUCCAGGUUACUAGAUGUGUGAAAACUGCUGACAUGAUUUGUAAAACAGACUACUCAAAUGCGUUCAGCUAAUGAAGACCAAUGUAAUAACUGAGCAACAUUAAAUGAUUUGCCCUUUGUUGCCCUCUUUUUCUUUGUUGUCCCUGUCCUCACACAUGCAUCGUGAGGAUUAGAGUCUCGGAGGGUUUCAGUGAAAAAAGCUAGUAAUUAGAUUUUUUUUUUCUUUCUGAAAUGCAACAUUGCAUGUGAGAGAUAUUUAUAUAUAGAUUAUUAUAUACUAUUUGUAAGGAUUUUUACAGAGCACAAUCCAGAAUCUGGUAUGAGUUGGUAUUUUUCUAACAAUUUGCACACCUGUAUUUUGACACUGAAUAUAACUAUGUUUGUAAUUGGUAACGUAAUGCACAUAUGAUGAUGUCUGACAGUGGAAAAUAGAAAAAAUAUAUAUAUCUUCAUUUCUGGUUGGUUGUACUCGAUGUACCAUUCGGGGGGAAUAUGGAAAGGCAGAUGUACCUGUGAGAAUUUGAGGUUAUGAGGAGGAACUGUGGGAGAUAUUUGAUAUUAAAAGGUUUAUGUUGCCCCACUGAUUUGUGCAAAGUCUUUGGAGAAGUCAUGUGUAUAACAAUAAAGAUGUUAUGCCUUGUUAAAAGAA